CUGCAUUUCCUCGCUGCAAUCUCACCUGCUAAUUGGCGGAUAGGACCGGUGCUCUCUUGGAAGAAUGGACGCAGUGGUGUUGCGGCCAGGAUAUUCAGCAGCUAGGCUUGGACACGGCUUGUCCUUCUCUCAGCAUUCCUCACAUCCUUCAGGACGGGGGCUUGAGUACAUUCCGAAAAGCAAAUGCUCCUGGGUAUCAGCAAAAACUUCUACAUGGUCAAGCAAGGUUGUACCAGCAAGGACCCCCACUAACCACUCCAUCCCUUUCAGCAAUGCUUUCGUUGGUAAUGAUACUUUUCCUUUGAGAAACUUGAGGAUGACGGGGAGGGGACUUGGCCGUGGUAGCAAUGGGAGCGCAGUCCGCUGCGCAAUGUCGUCGGUGGAUGAGGACGAGACUGAUGUCUGCGGUGACUUGUGCACAACCACCGAGGGCCUCUGCAACACGGUUGUUGGCGUCCUGGGGGGGGGACAGCUCGGCCGGAUGCUCUGCCAGGCCGCGUCCCCGAUGGGCCUGAAAGUGGACGUUUUGGACCCCCUGCCGGAAGCCCCCGCCAGCCGGAUUGCACACCGACACGAGGUGGGCAGCUUUAAGGACGCGUCUGCUGUCCGGAUUUUUGCCCGAGGCUGCGGCGUGCUGACAGUGGAGAUUGAACACGUGGACGUCGACACUCUGGAUGCCUUGGCGUCCGAGGGGGUCGAUGUGGAGCCCCGUCCAUCAACUAUCCGUAUCAUCCAGGACAAGUACCUGCAAAAGGAGCACUUUGCAAAGAACGAAGUGCCACUGGCUGACUUUGUCAAGUUGGACGACAUGGACGCUGCCAUCCAGGCGGGGCGCACCUUCGGCUACCCGCUGAUGAUCAAGAGCCGCAAGAUGGCAUACGACGGGCGCGGCAACGCGGUGGCGCACUCAGUGGACAAGCUGGCCGAGGCGGUGCAGGUGCUUGGGGGCUUCGAGCGGGGGCUCUAUGCCGAAAAGUGGGCGCCUUUCCAGAAGGAGCUGGCGGUGAUGGUUGCUCGAGGCCGCGACGGCUCCCUCCGCUCAUACCCGGUCGUCGAAACCGCGCACAAGGACAACAUCUGCCACACGGUCGAGGCGCCGGCCGCGAUCCCGGAAGCGACGGCGAAAGCAGCCCUCAAAGUGGCGGAAAAAGCGGUAGGGUGCUUGUACGGAGCGGGGGUCUUUGGCGUGGAGCUGUUCCUGCUUCCGGAUGGGGAGAUUCUACUGAAUGAGGUGGCCCCGCGUCCCCACAACAGCGGCCACUACACCAUCGAGGCGUGCGCGACGAGCCAGUACGAGCAGCACCUGCGGGCGGUCCUGGGGCUGCCGCUUGGCGACCCGGCGAUGAAGACGCCCGCGGCGAUUAUGCUCAACAUCCUGGGAGAAGCGGAGGGCGAAGCGGGGAUGGCGGCGGCGCACAAGCUGCUCCACAGUGCGGUGGCGGUGCCGGGGGCCAGCGUGCACUGGUACGAGAAACCGGACGUCCGACCACAGCGCAAGAUCGGCCACAUCACGAUUGUCGGGCCGGACCGCCGGACGGUGCGGAGACGCCUCGCGGAGAUCGUCCAAAAAGCCGGGUGGACCGGGGACAAAGUGCCACCCCUCGCGCGCUCUGCGUCGGACGAUACAUCCGUUACCGCCGAUAAUGGUUAUGCCGAGAGCUUGGCGACAGCAGUUGAUGAGUUAGAGGCCCCGACUGGCGAAGGGACGAGCGGAGCAGGGGAGGGAAGCUUAGAAGGUAGCGGAAGCGUGGGGGUUUCGGAACAGGGGGGUGCCAGUAGAUCGGAAUCGACCCCCCGAGAGGAGGCGGGCACGAGUUACGGGACGCCUGGAGCCCAAGUGGGGAUUAUCAUGGGGUCCGAUUCGGACCUGCCGGUCAUGUCCGCAGCGGCGGCCGUUCUCGAGGACUUCGGCAUACCCUAUGAGUUGACUGUGGUGUCGGCCCACCGGACCCCUGACCGGAUGUUUGAGUACGCAAAGCGCGCACAUAAGCGGGGCAUCCGGGCAAUAAUAGCGGGCGCCGGGGGGGCAGCUCAUUUACCAGGUAUGGUGGCGGCGCUCUCCCCCCUCCCGGUCUUCGGCGUCCCAGUCAAGGGCUCGACGCUCGACGGAAUGGACUCUCUGCUGUCAAUCGUCCAGAUGCCACGGGGGAUCCCCGUGGGAACAUUGGCCAUUAACAACGCAAUGAACGCCGCGCUCCAAGUGGUGCGGGUGUUUGGGGCCUUCGACCCGGCCGUCUCCGAGAAGAUCGUGGCGUACCACAAGGAUCUAGAACGGAUAGUGCUGGAAAAGGCCGAGAAGCUUGAGGCGGUGGGGUGGAAGAAGUACUUGGAUGGGCAGCGAAAACAAUGACGUGUCUGUCCGAUCGUGGCUCUGGAGUCGAUGCAACCGUGUGAUUUGAGUGGCGUUUGUAUGCUCGUUUGCAAGGAUGGCGGUUGAUCCCUUCAACCGGUUACUACAUUGGGUGUGAUGAUCGCUUGGUGUCUCGGUGUAUUUUGGAGUUGAACCACGUGCAUCGAGGCAUCACUCUCCUCAAGGCGUGGCCGCGGGUUAAGGCGUGUUCUCAUUUAGUGAACCGUGGGAUGACGGUCAAUAUACUAAGUGAGCGGUGGUCCCUUGGUGAAUCAACAAAGUUAACAAGCGAGAAUAUGAUCCGAU